AAGAAAUGGUCCCAAAUGUUUUUUAUUCAAAUUUCCACCGCCUAAUCUUCUUUUAAUAUAAAUUUCCACCCCUAAUUUCUAGUUAUAUUACCUGCGCUGGGUUUCAGCUUGAUUCAACCACGGAUUUCAUUGUUCCAGCCUCUGCCUCUGGGUAUCCCGGAUUUGUUCUUAUCGUCUCUCUGUAAGAAGAGGAAGAAGAAGAAGAUGGGUACAGCGGCAAAGGGGGCUUACAGAAACCUUAUAAAAGCAGUGAGAAAACACAUCGGAAAAGAAGAACACAAAUCUCAUUUCACAGAUUUCAUCACCCAACAAUUCAAAAAUUCACAAAACCCUAUUAAUUUGAAGCUCGCCCAUGAUUACACUCUCUAUCUCAACAGCGUCCACCACCACAAGGAGUUGCUUUUUUCGUAUAAUAUAGCGGUGGAUAGGACAGAUGAGAUGAAAAAGGUGCUCGGAAAAUCUGCCGCAAGUGUCGGGCUUCAGCUUCCCGAUGUUUAUCAGCCUUGAUAACUCUGCUAUUAAAUCUGAGGUGAUACAUUGAAUCGACGAAAUUGUGCGUUUUUCAUGGAUAAAAUAAGUUUCGGGGCAGAAUAGAAUCGGAAUCUGGAUCUUGGCAGUGAUUCUUGGCUGAAAUAUUUUUUUUCGUCGGUUCUGUACUUUCUGCUCGUUGGGAGUGUGUGUUUUGUACUUCCAAAAAGGUUUAUGCUGAUCGUUCCGUUCAACUUGUUAAAGUUGGAGCGGGAAUUCAUUGAAUUUAUGGAGAAAUCAUCGAGUUGAUUUA